AUGGGAAUGGAACUGGACAAUGAAAGAAUUGAUAACGACAAUGCAGGGGAUGAGGUUCACAAUGUCAAGGACUUAGAAUUACUAGAACGAUUACGCUUAGGCAAUGACAGUGAUGAUGACAGCGUUCCUCCUAUAGAGAUCGAUGGAGAUUGUUCGGCGAUGGUGGGGCGCAGCAGAGGUCUGAUGAGGUCACUCACAGACCUGUUGGGCGGCAGAUCUACUGAGGCAGUUGUUCCAGGUGUUGCUCACAACCGCAUGGCCAAUGGCAUCUUGGGACUCCUCUGCAAGCGACACUACCCAGACGCCAUGGAUAUUGCUGGGGUACGUCAGCCAGCAUCUUCGUGGGAGCACUACAUCGCUGCACCGGAUGGACCAGAUGAGGAAGGCAGGGAUUUCUACAGAUGCGAGGAGGGAAUGAUGCCCAGUGCGAUGCAGGUGGCUAGCAAAGCAUGUUAUAAGUUGGUGGCCGAUAUGCUUUACGAGGCGCGCAUCCAGGCCGUCAUCGACUACAAGGCCAGGAUCGAAAAAGUGAUGAUCUACAAAGGACCUGCGAGAGACAUCAGACUCACCCGGGAACAAUACUUGCGGGUGCCUCCGUGGUGGAUUGCCAAUGAUUAUCCGUGCUGGGUAAUGAUAGUGGACCGGCGGUGCUCGCAAGAAUGGCUGGAGAUGCACGAGGCUGCCCGGCAGCGGCGUUUGCUGAUGCCAGGUGCACCGCACCAUCAGGGCAACCGUAACCUCAAGGCGUACGCGGCUAGAUAUUCGGCGUCACAUGGUGGUGUGCCUUGCACCCAAGUCCAGGCAUACUGUUUGGCCCACAAAGGAAAGGCGACGUCCGAUGUCACCUUUAACCCGCAGGAUCCGCCCGAAGCGUACAGCAACGCAAGCGUCGACAGCCGCCUCAGUGGGUACACCUCGAUGGCACAAGAAAUUCAUGGGCCGGAGUUUGAUGCGAUCAAUGAGCCCGUUGAUGGAGAAGUCGUCAUGAGGGCGGGAGGAGGCAAGAAGCAUGGACAGUACUGGUUUGGCGACAGCUUAGUCGACACGGCGACUACUCCCACUCUCUUACAGAUUCGAGCCAGGAGUACCAGCUCAAGCCCUACCAUACGCCCACGGCCAGACAGUACACAGACUCAGAUUGAGGCUGUCAAGGCCCAGAUGUAA